UUCCGUGCGGAUUCUCUGGGAUCUCUCUCUCUGUCACCUCACAGUAGUCGUUGCCGGUCGCGGGUGUGGGGGCGCGAGCAGCGCAGGGCCGCCUUUCCCCCGCCCUCAGGCCGGGCCCGGGCUCGGUCCCCCGCUCCCUCCUCUCCCCACCCCGGUCGGGUACCGGAAGGUCCAAGCCGCUGCCGGGUGCCCGAGGGCCAUCGUGGCCGCCGCCACGGGUCCUGAUGGAGCCGCCGAAUCUCUAUCCGGUGAAGCUCUACGUGUACGACCUGUCCAAGGGCCUGGCCCGCCGGCUCAGCCCCAUCAUGCUGGGGAAACAACUGGAAGGAAUCUGGGAGGGACAUUGCUUGGGCCCCCAGACUCUGUGGUUGAUGUGGGGAAUACAGAAGUCACAGAAGAAAUCUUUCUGGAAUACCUGUCCUCCCUGGGGGAGUCUCUGUUCCGUCACAGACACUCCAUAUAGACGCUGCUGGCCUUUUCAUCUGCUCUCCAAACCUCUCUCCAUGUACAGAGGAGAAGCCUACAACCUCUUUGAACACAACUGUAACACCUUUAGCAAUGAAGUGGCACAGUUCCUGACUGGGCGGAAGAUCCCUUCUUACAUCACCGACCUGCCCUCAGAAGUUCUCUCCACGCCCUUUGGACAAGCACUUCGGCCCUUCUUGGACUCCAUUCAGAUCCAGCCUCCAGGAGGGAACUCUGUAGGCAGACCCAAUGGCCAAAGCUAACAGGACUGCACGGGACCGCCCGCCUCUCCACGGCUUUUCCUUUUUAAACAAAACAAACCCUACCAGAUUUCUAUUUUAUAAUUUUACAUCAGAGCUAACGGGGACGGCUUUUUAAAUUUCCCAGGGAAGGAGCUCAUCAGGCCGCAUGUAGAACAACGCUCCUGAGAAAGAGAACAAAGCCAUCCCUUCUAAUAGUAUUACACUAAUUUAUUAAGGCUGUCUUGUCUGUGAGUUCACUUUUGACGCUGUUGCCUACACGUCCUCCACACUGAAGAGAGAGGGUGCUUUUUAAAAGAGAAGCAAGAGUCACAGUCUGGGAGAACCCGACCUUGGACCCUCUUUCCAGAGAACGCCGACAUUCCACCCAGGUCGCCACGCCUGUGGGACCCAGGUGAGUUCUGUACUGUCCAUUCUCCUGAAGCUGUCACCCUCUAGCCGUAAACGAACCAAAGGACUUGGAGUACGUGGGGCCAGCUGUAGGCUCCUAACUCAACCUAAGUGAACUCUUUAACCACAAGUUUACCCCUCCUCCUGAGACAAGGCCACCCGUCACAGCCGGAGCAGCCAGAGCAACAGGAUCAAAGGAGACUGGCAGCAGGGGUGAGGCCAGAGAAAACAGGAGAAAGCCAUUCAUCCUCCUGUGAGUGCCAAUCCUCGAUGCCCACCCCUAAGCUGCUCUUCCUCAGCAUAGCUUGACCUGUCACCUUUAAUAAAGGUCUAGGCUGCAGCAGCAGAGA